GAGCCCCAGCUUUCUCUACCAAACGAAUUAUUAUUAUUUUUUAUUUCUCUCUCGCUCUAUCUCUCUCUCCCCAGUUCGAUCCAUAAAUCAAUAUUUUUAUAGAAGGAAAACACUGUGGAAGUGGAGAGAAAGACCGUUUCUUGUUUCCUCCCUCUCCACGCGCCUUUUUCCUUCUCUCUUUCUCUCUCUCUCCCCUCCACCGCCAUUCCCCUUUAAUCCCUCCCAAUAACUUCGUUUUUCGAUCUCCUCAUUAAAUUCUUCUUAUCUUCAUCCAAUCAGUUGAGAUUAUUUCUUUUCUUCUCUUGAUUUUUUUGCAGUUUUUCUACCGUCCUCAGCAUCAAAUAUUGCUAUUUUUUUCCCUUUUAUAAAGGAUUUUUCACCUCCUGGUGGUGAUUUAGAUAGGGAGAUCGUCCACGUUUAUAUAUUCUUGGAUUUGUUUGUUUGAUUUUGUUCUGGGGUUUGAAGAGAAGAAUCUUGAGGGAAGAGUAGUAGAACACGGCAAGAAUUUGGAAGAAUCGGGGGGAUCGAUCUUGGAGGUUAUCUAGGGUUUGAGAUCAGGUAGGGAAGAGAUUGGGAUCGUCCGAUCGAAUGGCGUCCGUUGAAAUGCGGUCACGAAGGGCGCCGAGCUCGAAGAAGGCCAAGCCGGAGAGAUCCAGGGUGAAAUCCCGCUCCCCGCUCUCGCUCCCGCUCCAGUCCGUGAAAUCGCUGCCCCAAGGUUAUAGAUUCGCCGGAGGCUCGCCUUCCUCCAAGCCUUCAUCCAUGGAGGAGGCCGGCGACAAGAACGAGUCGAAGGGAUCGAAGGCAAAUGUUGCUCCUUUGGAUGAAGAGGAUACGGGUAGUCUCGAGGUGAAUGAUGACUCCCCGUACAGUUCGAGGACGACUUCCAGGGAGGAGAGAUGUUUGGAAGGAGAGGAAGAUGGUUCAUCCGAGGAUGUAACUUCUCGAUUGCCUGCGGUUUCUCCGUCAAGGAUUGAGUCAAGGUGGAGCGAUACUAGCUCUUAUGGCGCGAAGAAGAAGGUUCAAGCUUGGUGCCGACGUACAAAUGGCGAUUGGGCAUUAGGGAAGAUACUGUCAACUUCUGGGGUAGAAUCUGUUAUAUCUCUUCCUGAGGGUGAAGUUUUAAGGCUGAGCACUGAGAGUCUGUUACCUGCCAACCCUGAAAUUCUUGAUGGUGUGGAUGAUCUUAUGCAACUCAGUUAUUUAAAUGAACCGUCAGUAUUAUACAACCUACAAGAUAGAUAUUCCCAAGAUAAGAUAUAUACUAAAGCAGGACCUGUUUUGGUUGCUAUCAAUCCAUUUAAAGAAGUACAACUUUAUGGAAAUGAUUAUAUUGAAGCAUAUAGGCGAAAAGCUGGGGACAAUCCACAUGUUUAUGCAAUAGCCGAUACAGCCAUUCGCGAAAUGGCAAGAGAUGAAGUUAAUCAAUCGAUUAUUAUAAGUGGUGAGAGUGGAGCAGGAAAAACUGAAACAGCAAAGAUUGCAAUGCAAUAUUUGGCUGCUGUAGGAGGGGGUAGCGGCAUAGAAUAUGAAAUCUUGCAGACAAAUCCUAUACUCGAAGCAUUUGGGAAUGCAAAAACAUCAAGAAAUGACAAUUCCAGUCGCUUUGGUAAGCUGAUUGAAAUUCACUUCAGUACAACUGGGAAAAUUUCUGGUGCCAAGAUUCAAACAUUUUUACUUGAGAAGUCAAGAGUGGUUCAAUGUGCCAUUGGAGAACGGUCAUAUCAUAUCUUUUAUCAGCUGUGUGCUGGUGCUUCAUUAUCUCUUAGAGAGAAACUAAAUUUGAGAAAAGCCGAUGAAUACAAAUAUCUGAAGCAGAGCAAUUGCUAUUCUAUUGUGGGCGUUGAUGAUGCUGAAAGGUUUCAUACUGUGCUGGAAGCUAUGAAUAUUGUUCAUAUCAGCAAAGAGGAUCAGGAUAAUGUAUUUGCAAUGCUAGCAGCAGUUCUAUGGUUGGGCAACAUAUCUUUUUCUGUGAUAGAUAAUGAAAACCAUGUUGAAGUUGUUGCAGAUGAAGGGGCGCACACUGUUGCUAAACUUAUUGGAUGCAAUAUUGGUGAUUUAAAGUUAGCUUUGUCAACUCGUAAAAUGAAAGUUGGCCAUGAUAAUAUUGUCCAAAAACUUAAUCUUUCACAGGCAAUUGAUACAAGAGAUGCAUUGGCCAAAUCACUAUAUGCUAGUCUUUUUGAGUGGCUGGUGGAACAGAUCAACAAAUCACUUGCUGUCGGCAAGCGCCGCACAGGCAGAUCCAUCAGUAUUCUUGAUAUUUAUGGCUUUGAAUCUUUUGAUAAAAAUAGCUUUGAACAGUUUUGUAUUAAUUAUGCCAAUGAAAGGCUUCAACAGCAUUUUAACCGCCACUUGUUUAAGCUGGAACAGGAUGAAUAUAUCCAAGAUGGCAUCGACUGGGCAAAGGUUGACUUUGAAGACAAUCAGGAUUGUCUUUAUCUUUUUGAGAAAAAACCAUUAGGAUUACUGUCUCUUCUGGAUGAGGAGUCUACUUUUCCAAAUGGCACUGACCUAACUUUUGCAAACAAGCUUAAGCAGCAUCUUAACUCUAAUCCUUGCUUUAGGGGGGAAAGAGGCAAAGCUUUCACUGUUCAUCAUUAUGCAGGGGAGGUGGCCUAUGACACAUCGGGGUUUUUGGAGAAGAAUAGGGAUUUAUUGCACAUGGAUUCUAUUCAACUUCUUGCUUCUUGCAAAAGCCAUCUUCCUCCCAUAUUUGCAUCCAAAAUGCUUGCUCAAUCUGCAAAUGUUGCCAGCAAUCCAUAUAGAUCCAGUGCCGCAGAUUCUCAAAGGCUAAGUGUUGCAACAAAGUUUAAGGGGCAACUAUUUCAACUGAUGCAAAGGCUUGAAAACACAACACCCCAUUUCAUACGCUGCAUUAAGCCAAAUAACUUGCAACUGCCUGCAAUUUAUGAACAAGGGCUUGUACUCCAGCAACUAAGAUGUUGUGGAGUUCUGGAAGUUGUUCGCAUAUCAAGAUCUGGCUAUCCUACCAGAAUGUCUCACCAAAAAUUUGCUAGAAGGUACGGAUUUCUUCUUCUUGAGAAUAUUGCAUCUCAAGAUCCGCUUAGCGUUUCUGUGGCAAUUCUUCAACAGUUCAAUAUUCUUCCAGAGAUGUAUCAAGUUGGCUACACAAAAUUGUUCUUCCGUACUGGACAGAUUGGUGCACUUGAAGAUACAAGAAAUCGUACCCUUCAUGGUAUUUUAAGGGUUCAAAGCUGUUUCCGAGGACAUAAAGCUCGUCAUCAUGUGAAGGAGCGCAGAAAAGCAAUUGUUACAUUGCAAUCUUUCAUUCGAGGUGAGAAGACUAGACAGAUUUACUCCGGUUUGUUACAGAGACACAGAGCUGCAAUUGUUUUACAGAGAUAUAUAAAAUCUCAAUCUUCUAGAAAAAGUUUUAUAGAUGUUCGUAAUGCUACAGUUGUAAUACAGUCUGUUAUUCGUGGAUGGCUUGUUAGAAGGUGUUCUGGAGAUGCUGGUUUACUGAACGCUGCCAAGAAACUUGAAGGCACAAAGGAAUCUGAUGAAGUGCAGGUGAAGGCAUCCUUCCUUGCAGAGCUGCAAAGAAGAAUCCUAAAGGCUGAGGCUGCGCUAAGAGAGAAGGAAGAGGAGAAUGACAUACUCCAUCAGCGGCUCCAGCAGUACGAGAACCGAUGGUCAGAGUAUGAGCAGAAGAUGAGAUCCAUGGAGGAAGUGUGGCAGAAACAGAUGAGAUCCUUACAGUCCAGCCUCUCAGUUGCAAAGAAAAGCCUUGCCACUGAUGAUGCAGAGCGAAGAUCUGAUGCAUCCGUGGACCAAAGCUGGGACAGUAAUGGAAACCAUAUUGGAACAAAAUGGGGGGAGGAAAGUGGUAAGCGAGUGGGGUCCCGGGUCCUGCACAGAGAUAUGAGUGCAGGCCUUAAUGUUAUCAGCUGCUUAGCCGAGGAAUUUGAGCAGCAGAGUCAGGUUUUUGCAGAUGAUGUGAACUUCUUGGUGGAGGUGAAGUCGGGGCAUGCAGAGGCAAGUCUAAAUCCAGAAAAGGAACUGAGGAGGCUAAAGCAGAAUUUUGAAUCAUGGAAGAAGGAUUUUAGUUUGCGGCUAAGAGAGAGCAAGGUGAUUAUAAACAAGCUCAGAACUGAUGAUGCAAAUUCAGAUAAGGCAAAGAGGAAAUGGUGGACAAGGUUGAACAGCACAAGAAUUAUUUAACUCAUUCUAGCAUACAUCUAUACCAUUUCUUAGCUCUCAUGCUAUUGUAUCACCUUCUGUGGAAAGAGAAAAUCUACACAUGUUCAGCUCAAAAUUAGUUGAGGAUCGCAAGUGUUUGGAUGGCUGAAUGCCAAAAAUAUAGCCUUAAUUACUAUCGCUUAUGACAGGAGCCCAUAAAACAGUGUCUGAAAGCAGCAAGCCAAUAUGGCAUGGAUCCAGAGUAUAUAAAAAGUGCUUGCUCGGGAAUUGUGGGUUACUCGAAUUACCUUUAUGUUGCACAGAAGUUCCAACAAACAUAUUGCACUUUCUUCCAUGAGAGGAUAAAUAGGUCAGUUGUGGUAAUUUCUGUAGUUUGUGAUUAAAGAGAAAAGUAUAAGAUAAUUUGUUUGUAUUCUGUUAUUGUCCACUUCUCAAUGAACCUAGUUUUGAACCAGCACA